AACAUUUACUUUAUUAAUUAACCCAUUUUCCCAAUUUCCAUCCUCUUUCUUCUACCUUCUUCCUUUCAAAAUUAAUUAAAAUCUUUUGGUUGCACCUACUAGGGUUAAUACUUUUAUUUCCCAUUAUUUCUUCUCUUAGCCAACCAUGACCUAGCUAGAAUUAAUUCAUUGUUAUUCCCUUUUCUUAAUAUUCUCCACAUAUAUUCAUUUUACUUUCUUUCCCUCUUUUCAAUUUAAAAAACAACAUACUCCAUCCAUUUACCACUCUUCGAUGGCCUCCAUUGCACCAUUAUCGCUCAAUCCAACAUCCUUAACUACCCAUUACUCCAAACUACUCCAAAACAACAAUUGUUAUUCCUACGUGUCGUGUUACCCUCGUGGUUUAAACGACCGACGAUGUAACUUCUGCAUUGUGAUGGUGAGGGGCCGACGGAGUAGUCCACGUAGGAGCGUGGACUUGGUAAAUGGGAAGAAGGUAAAUGGGGUUCAUGUUGAGGCUCCGGUUUUCUCCGGCGAAAAGAGAGGGUCGUUGUUGGUGGAAGAAAACGGCGCCACUGAGGGAGAAAAGCCUCUCCAUGAUUGUCUUCUUGGGAGGUUUGUAGAAGAUAGGUUUGUUUAUGGACAAACCUUUAUUAUUAGGUCUUAUGAAAUUGGACCUGAUAAAACUGCCACCAUGGAAACUCUCAUGAAUCUUCUUCAGGAAACGGCGCUGAAUCAUGUAACGUGCUCGGGUUUGGCCGGAAAUGACUUUGGCGCCACCCGGGAGAUGAGCCUCCGGAAACUCAUCUGGGUUGUUACACGUGUUCAUGUUCAAGUUCAGAGAUAUAGUUGCUGGGGAGAUGUUGUCGAGAUAGACACCUGGGUUAACGCAGCUGGCAAAAACGGGAUGCGACGUGAUUGGAUUAUAAGAGAUUAUCAUACUCGAGAGGUUAUUACUCGAGCUACUAGUACAUGGGUUAUAAUGAACAAAGAAACAAGAAGGUUAUCGAAAAUACCAGACCAAGUUAGAGAAGAGUUGACCCCAUUUUACCUCAACAGAAUCGCCAUCCCCACUGAUCAAAACGAUGUUGAAAAGAUCGACAAGCUCACCGAUGAAACUGCUGAGAGAAUCCGAUCAGGCUUAGCACCUAGAUGGAACGACAUGGAUGCCAACCAGCAUGUCAACAAUGUUAAAUACAUUGGGUGGAUUUUGGAGAGUGUACCAAUAAGUGUGUUGGAAGAUUUUGAUCUAACGAGCAUGACGCUGGAAUAUCGAAGAGAAUGCCGGCAAUCCAAUCUGGUGGAGUCAUUGACAACCACGACCACUGCCACAGCCACCGGAGACCGUUGCAAAAAUCUCCAUUACACCCACCUUCUUCGGAUGCAAACCAAUAAGGAUGAGAUUGUAAGAGCCAGAACUCAAUGGAACUCCAAGCCCAAACAAUAUUUUACUCAUUAAUUCUCCACCUAAACCAAACCAAACCAAACCACUCCAAAUUUCUUAACCCCUUUUAAACAUUAAUUUUUUCUCCAAACUAUUGUUUUUGUACUUUUAUUUUCUCUGUGUGUCUAGAACUAUUUGUCUGUCGUCCAAAGCGAUGUCUGCUUAUUAUCUUUUUAUUUGAGAGUCGCAAUGCGACGUUACUUUUUACACUUAUUAGAUGUAAAGUUAUGAAUUAUAAUUUUUUUUUUAACGAUUAACCGUGUGAAACGCUAUUAGUUGAAUAAUUUACAUUUUGAUUUU